UUCUGGGGCAGUGGAAGUGGGCUGGGGCCCUGGUGCCUCCUCCCUCCCUCCCUCUCUGCCUGCCUUCCUCCCUGGCAGCCGCCCGGAGCCCCUCUCUCUCCCUGCCUGUCUCUCUGCCUGUCUCUCGGGCCCCUUGCUUCGCGGAAGGAGGACAAGAUGGCUGAGAUGGGGAAGGGAGUCACUGCGGGGAAGAUCGCCAGCAACAUGCAGAAGAAGCUGACCCGCGCCCAGGAGAAGGUGAUGCAAAAACUUGGAAAAGCUGAUGAAACAAAAGAUGAGCAGUUUGAACAGUGUGUGCAAAACUUCAACAAACAGCUGUUGGAAGGAAGCAAGCUGCAGAAGGAUCUCCGGACAUACUUGGCUUCAGUGAAAGCUAUGCAUGAGGCCUCCAAGAAACUGACAGAGUGUUUGCAAGAAGUGUAUGAGCCGGAGUGGCCGGGGAGAGAUGACACUAAUAAAAUAGCAGAGAACAAUGACCUGCUGUGGACAGACUUCCAUCAGAAGCUGGUGGAUCAAGCUCUACUAACUAUGGACACCUACCUCGGCCAGUUCCCGGACAUAAAAUCUCGUAUUGCUAAACGAGGAAGGAAACUUGUAGAUUAUGACAGUGCCAGGCAUCAUUUUGAAUCUCUACACACUGCAAAGAAGAAAGAUGAAGCUAAAAUUGCUAAGCCUGUCUCGUUGCUUGAGAAAGCUGCGCCUCAGUGGUGCCAAGGGAAGCUACAAGCGCAUCUCGUAGCUCAGACUAAUCUGCUGCGGAACCAGGCUGAAGAAGAAUUAGUAAAAGCCCAGAAAGUGUUUGAGGAGAUGAAUAUUGAUCUUCAGGAAGAGCUGCCUUCGCUAUGGAAUAGUCGUGUUGGUUUCUACGUCAACACAUUCCAGAGUAUCGCUGGGUUAGAAGAGAACUUUCAUAAGGAAAUGAGCAAGCUGAACCAAAACAUGAAUGAUGUCCUUGUGACUCUAGAGAAAGCACAUGCAACGAGUACCUAUCCUGUUAAAGCUCAGCCAAGAAAGAAAACUAAACUGUUCUCCAGACUGAGGAAAAAGAUGAGCAGUGACAGUACAAAAGAAAACAAAACUCCCUCAUCUCCACCUGAUGGGGCUCCUAUCACCAGCCCUGAGACCAAGGCAGUCAACCAUGAGCCAGAGCCAUCCACUUUGGAUACAUCUGGGGGAGGCAUCCCUAAGUCUCCAUCUCAGUUGAGGAAAGGCCCUCCCGUGCCGCCACCUCCAAAACUCACUCCAUCCAAGGAGAUGAAGCAGGAGAACAUCAUCAACCUGUUUGAUGACAAUUUUGUCCCAGAGAUCAGUGUGACAACCCCCUCACAGUUUGAUGCUCCUGGACCCUUCCAGGAGGGAGCCAGCCUAUUGGAUCUGGAUUUUGAUCCCAUUAAACCAGAUAACAGCUCCAUAGGGAAGUCACCUACACCUGCAGCUCAGUCUUUGCCUUGGGAUUUAUGGGAGCCUGAAAAGACUCCCUCUAGCAGCGUGCAGUCUAUGGAUCAGUUUCCCGUCGAUAAUCCUAACAAUAGUGCAUUCGAGGUGGACUGGCCUGACCAGCCCACUGUGACUGAGAUUGGCCAAUCCACAGAAGCCACUCCUGCUGGUGCUGAGGCAGCUGGCAAAGAAGCAGCAGCUGGAGCUGAAGCAACUAAAACCGAAACUGACUCAGGAUCUGCCUCAAGCUCUCUGCCUGCUGUAGUUGUGGAGACUUUCCCAGCCACUGUCAAUGGAACUGUGGAGAGUGGAGCUCCCUCCGAGAGAGCUGACAUGCCACCAGGUUUCCUUUUUAAGGUACAAGCUAUGCAUGACUAUGCUGCUACUGAUAGCGACGAGCUGCAGCUGAAGGCUGGGGAUGUUGUUCUGGUGAUUCCAUUUGACAACCCCGAGGAGCAGGAUGAAGGCUGGCUGAUGGGUGUGAAAGAAACUGACUGGCUUCAGCACAAAGAGCUUGACCAGUGUCGAGGAGUUUUCCCAGAGAAUUUCACAGAGAGAGUGCAGUGAAGUCCUGAGGCUCCUAUCUGGCUUCUCUUCAGCAAGGAAGCAUGAUGUGUUUUCACCCCUCUCCCCUGGGGGGAAGUCUAAAAAUAAUAGAGAGAAUUUUAAAGGAACAAAAGCCUAAAAGUUGGAUUCGUCACAGAAAACAGUGUUUUAGAAGUACAUUGAAUUCAAAAGCGUUGUUAUCAAAUAUAUAGGCAAUAAAGAAAGACAGGUUGAAAGCGGUCCUUUUUCCUUUUCCUUUGAAAAGUGCUGGUGUUCAGAAAGUUGGUCACCAAGCAGUCAUUUUGUGUGAAUUGGAAUUAAGGUGUGUUCAGCAGUAUAAAUUGUGAAAUACUAACUACUAAUUGAAAUUACACAAUAAAGUUUACCUUGUGGGAAGGUGCAGUCAA